AUGGCCGGGGUGGCUCACCCUGCUAUUGGACGAGUGCGGGGUGUGACAUCGACUGCAUUGCAUGGUGUCCGUGCCCUGGUGGCCUCAGGCUUUCACCAUGUCUCUCCUUGUUCCCUGACCCAGGCUUGCUAUUUGGGGGGAGUUGAUGGGAAUAUCCCUCAAAAUCUUCUACAUCUAUCUCACGGAGUUGAUAUCGUGUUCAUGGCAUUGUGCUGGGAAACCUGUGCCAAUUAUGUUUCCGAAAUAUGGCAAGACUGGAAAAUGAUGGUCCAACUCUGCCAGCAGGGACAAAUCUCCAGCCAUAGUUAGCUCAUGGUCUUGUUGGUGUGCGAAGAAAGGCUCAAGUUGCCAACGAUACCCCGAGGCCCCAGGGUCGGCAAAAUAUUAGAAAUGGUGCGUGAAAUGGAUGAAGCAGCCAACUAAGCAAAGCAACCGAUCAGCAAGUCUAUGCUAAGCGGUUGGAAGACUAUGCGCUCGGUAGGGAUGGACUGGAUGGACAAAGGUUUUGGGACCCCGGGGAUUAGUCUGUUAGGGUGGCGGGGGGAGGAAGUGUCCACAUCCUAUGUGUGAGAUUGAAUGGUAUACGGAAGUGUAGACCAAAAGUCUUUUCCAAC